CCGCCCAGCCCUGUAGCUUGCUUGGGGUAAGGGAAACAGAGCUGCAGCUCGCGGUUCUUUCCACAACUGUACUUUCCCAUGUGUCAGCGGUGUGAGGAGUGACUCUUCCAGUAUCCCCUAAAUUAGAGUAACCCGUUUUGAUGAAUUCCUAGAAAGACGCGGACACGGCUUGUAGUCACACUUCAACUGGCGUUACCGUGACGCUGCAGCUGGUCCAAGGAUUGGUCUUGUGUAGCAUUUUAUUCCAGCCAUGGCCAUUGCUCCUCGCCUUCUCCUGAUAGCGGCCUUUGCAGCUCUGGCAUUGAGAGGAAGUGGUCAAGACAUUAGUUUGUACGAUGCUCUGGAUGACACAACACUCAAACCUCCCCCAAAGCCUUCAAAGAACCCAACACAAAGCAUAGAUUUGGACUUUGAUUUUGAUAUGUUUGACAGGACUACAAAAGUCCCAAAAACUACAACCACUAAAGCACCCCCAAAGAAAACUCCAGAUUUGGACUUUGAUUUUGAUAUGUUUGACAGGACUACAAAAGUCCCAAAAACUACAACCACUAAAGCACCCCCAAAGAAAACUCCAGUGCCUAAAGUAACUCAAAGACCAAAACCAAUUACCAAGGCACCAAAGGCACCACACCCACCAACAAAAUCAGGUCCUGAUGAUUUUGAUUUGCUUGAUGCACUGGUUGAACCCGAUGACAAAAAAGGAGGAGGAGGUGGAGGAAGCGACGGUGAAAAAGAUAACGUUCCAGGUAGAAGUGACAAUAGUAAGCCUAACCAAGGUAGAGGUUUUUCAGACAAAGACCUUGAAGAUGCUGUUAGUGGAGGGUACAAGCCUGAUAAAACCAGAGAUGGCAAUGACAGUCCUUCUGAUCAAGGAAAUAAUGAAGGCCUGAAUGCAGAAUACGCAAAAGGACAAACCAUGGAAGGAGUGGCUGUGGCAAUAGAGGAACCUCAGGUUCAGCAAACACUUCUGAAGUCAGAAUCAGCAGAACCUCCAACUGCAGAUAACACAAAGAUCUAAAUCAUGGCAUGAAAUAACUGAAAAGAACUGUCAGUGUCCACCAAAUAAGUUUCACAGUGAGAAGGUCGUUUAACACCCUUAACCUGCUGCAUAUAUAUGCUAAAAAGAACUGGAUAAACCACUGUGAAUUUGAUGUAGAACUGCGUGCAUUUGCACUCACAUUCUUGAAGUCUUAUUUUAAGGAAACUUUUGCUGGUAAAAUGGCAUGGCAUGUGAACAUAUUUUCAUUCCACAUUUAGUCAUAAAAAUGAAUUUAUUUCUCAUCACUGAUGUGUACGAUCCCUAGGAACUGAUGGUUUCAUCCUAGUAAGAUUUCAUGUCUCCCACUUCAUAGGAUCAGGUUUUAUAUCUCCACCAAAACUGGCCUUAUUUCUGUCAGACAAAUGCAGUAACAGACACUAUGAGUGAAUUUAAUGACUGGAUAAAACUGAUAUCCUGUGGAUGUUUGAGUUCAUAGAUUACCUUCUAUGUACAAUAAAAUUAUCAGUUUGCACUAUUGUAUACCAUUUUAAACAUUGCUGCAAAGAGCACCAGAAUCAAAAUAAUUUUACACUGAUGUUUUUUAGUAGGAAAUUGUUAAUAUGAAGUGUUUACUGCUGGUGUCUUCCAAAUGUAUAGCAAGAGCAUAUGGAGUAUUUGCGAACAAAUUAGGCCUCUGAAUUUCAUACAAUACUUGUGUGCUGUAAUGGACUAAUAUAUUAAAUCUUUGGAAGGUACACCAAAAUGGUGGUCUUGUAGCAACUUGUAAGGUCAACUAAAUUUAUAAUAGUUAUAAUUUACUGAGAGAAAGAUAGCACCUUAGUUAUCCAUAAAAGAGAUAGUGGAUACAAUGUGUAUGUGUUUGCUAUUAGUUUGCAGUUGCAGACUUUUUUUUUUUUUAUUAAGCAUAAAAAAAUUUCACAUUAUUUCAUAUGAAAGAAAUACAACUAUAUAGUCCACCCCUCUCAUUCACAGUGGACUACUUCCUUCCCCAGCAUACACACCCAGCUAUGUUUCAACUUACUUGCUGAUUUUAUAAGGUACAUUUGCCUUUAAUCUAUUGUGACAGGAAGUAUUUAGAAUAGUUACUUGUAAACAUUUCAUGAACAUUAGUUAUCCUGUUAUCUGUGGGCUCAUAUCUUCAUAGUCAGCUUUACAUUUGAUAUAACAGCUGUUUCGCUAUGUUUGAUUUGCUGGCAUUGUUGGUGUGAGAUAAUGACCCUCAAGCUUGUGUAAUACGUUGAAGGCAUGUAGUUACGCAGUUUAGAAGAAAAUGGAAACUGAAUAGUUUGUUGUGAAGAUUAUUUUUUGUGAACAGGUUUUGCUGCUUUUGUCAAGUUUUCUUAGUUAUGUGAUUGUUUAAAAAUGUUUUAAAAUAAUAUGUUUAAGUUAUUAAUUUGUUUGUUUUAAAGUAAUAUGAACAAGUAUCCAUGUAUGACUGUUAAAAGCACAUUUUCUCAGGCUUUUUAUAAAAUUGCAGACUGAUACUAAUUUUGGUUUGUAGCACUGUUGAUGCAUACUGUUUGUGAUGUUAGUAUAUUCCUUACAAGUAAGGAAAGUAUUUGGACCGUCUUGCACCAGGCUACUCAUAAGCUCAUCGCAGCGGUAUAAAAUGACAAGAUAGAUAAUAGGUCUAUAACAUGUGCUUAUUAUACUGUGUCUUACUUCUACCAGUGUCAGAGUUCAGCAUCAUUUGUGCAAAUUAGCACUACAAACUGGUAAAGAAUGCAGUGCAAAUGUUUUUGAUGUAAGUUCAGUUAAAUGCAUGCAAGGGACUACAAUAGAGUCAAACUUUUUUUUUUUUCAUUGUUAAAGUGUAAUAUG